GAAAACUAAGUUUGAACACAGAAAGCAAAGGGGAGAGAGUGCAUUGUCACGAGAGAGAUCGAUAUCGAGAGAGAGAGAGAGAGGGAGCCAUCAACCAAAAGAGAGAGCGAGAUCAUGAUGCAGCAUCGCAUCCAUCAACUGCUUCUGUAUGCGCUGUGCCUACUCUUCGUGGUCGUGCUGUGUGCUCCAGCACCGAGUGAAUCGCGCCGUGUGAUCUUCUUCGCGCCACCAGGCAUUGCCCGGGGCCAGAUACUGGCCACGCACGGCCUGGAGAAGCCCUGCCAGAAGUGCCACAUGAGAGACCAUCGGGGCAACUGUCGCCGUCUAAUAUCGUACAGUUCAGAUGGCUCGCGGUGUUGACAUCGCGACCGGACACAGUUAAGCGCUAUCAACUGAAUCUCCAACUCUCUCAGAAACUAAACAUAAACGUCAUCAAAUCUAUUUAUUCGCGUUCAGUGCACUAUUUAUUACAUUACUAUCACACCCUACGAUUACCUACCCCAAAGACAGUUGCGUGGAUAUCUGUAACAAGUUUAUGUUCUUUUUUUUUUUUUUUGGUUAU